AUGGCGGAAAAAGGGAUCAAGACUGUGACUGCAGACUAUAUCAGUAGGAAGUGGUCGAUGUCUACAAGAGCACUUCCUCCACCACCAUCCAAGAGACAAGCUGCGGGUAGUAGUGCAGGGUCACAGGGAAGGAGAAACACUUAUUCUAGCCCUGAAAGUGGAAGUAACCGGCCAUGCAGCAAGUGUGGGAAGCUACAUUCUGGUGAGUGUAGAACUGGGUCGAAUGUGUGUUAUAGAUGUGGCAAGAUAGGCGACUUUGCUAAGGAGUGCACACAGAUGGGUGCGUAUAGAGGGCAAGGAUCACAUGCCAGCAUUAAUCAGCUGAGCCCUACAGCACCAACACGGGUGUAUUCUCUCACUCCUGAUAGCGUACAAGCUAAGGAGAAUGCUACUGAUGUGGUCACAGGUAUAAUUCCAUUAAUUGGUAGUAUUGCCAGUGUGUUAUUUGAUUCGCGUGCUACGCAUUCGUUUAUCUCCUCAGCAUAUGUGAAGUUAUGUAGACCAAGCAUAGAACCAUUAGAGCAAAAUAUAUGCAUGGCCACUCCGGUUGGUGAUGCUAUCACUUGUAGAAAAUGUAUGGACAACUGUCCUGUAGAGAUUGAAGGGAGAGUCUUGCCAGCAAAGCUAGCUGUAUUUGGCAUGCUGGGCUUCGACGUCAUUCUAGGCAUGGAUUGGCUAUCGACGUACGAUGCCAGCAUCAAAUGGCGCAAUAAGGAAGUUACUUUCCGACUUUAUGGCAUGGAAGAGUUCACAUUUUGCUGGUCUAAUGUGCGGUCUACUCCACCACUUCUCUCUACCGUUCAAGCUAUCAAGAAUGUCAGAGAUAGAGCACAGGCCUACUUGGUGUAUGUUCAAGCUAAUCCAAAAAAUUAA